AUGGGGUGGCGACGGUUAUUCGAAACUCAGGAAGUCAUGUACAAGGAUUUAGUCAUCGAGUUUCUGGCCACAAUUUCUUUUGCACGGAAAGAUGGUAUUUUUGCUGAGGACAACCUUUCCUUUUUCCUUGGCGGAGAAAGGCGUACCUUAAGCCUUGUUGAUUUUGCUAUUAGGAAGGGAAUUUAUAUUCCGGCUAAGGCACAUUCUGAAGCCUAUCAACAAUAUACUGUUAGAUGUGUUCGGAUUACUGAGGGGUUUAGAGCGGAAGCACAUUGGAAUGAAAUAGAAAAUGGUGCUUACGAUAAGGGGACUACACAAGAAUGUGACAUUCACUCUCCUAUUCAUCGUCUUUUUCAUCGCCUCAUCACAAACACCAUUAAUCAGAGACAGGAGGGGGACAAGUGUCCGACUAUAGACGUCUUUUUCGUGAGGGCUCUCACAUCCCCCGAUGUUUACGUGGACUUACCAUUUCUUUUGGUAGAUUUUCUUGCGGUACGUGCAAGAAAGGAUAGACGAUGGUCUCCUCUUUAA